GAGCAACUCAAGCGGAUGCGCGAUCUCGACGAUAAGAUCAUCUACGCCCUGAACACCUCACUGCCUACGGAGUCCUUCAAGGGUCAGAUCGACUCCGAGGCCAAAUGUCGGGAUCUAAGGAAGCUCGAUUCUGGCUAUGGCCACCGUCAGGAGGUAAUCAAAAAUUGUAUCCUGGUUUGCGCCGAUAACGUGAAACAGCUCAAGGAAAAGCGUGACGAGAAUCGGGACGACAUCGCGGUGGGAAAACAAUUCAAGACUGAGCAGCGAAAGUUGAGACUCUUCCAGGCGGAACUCAGCGUAGAGGAUAUUAUCGAGCGAACGCAGAAAACGUUACGCGAACGUUGCCGUCUAUUUGUUAACGUUGAUUCGUUAUAGAAUUGUUGUUGCGUGCAAUACACAGAAUCACAACGGAAGCAUUUAUCGAGAAACAUUGAGUGAAACUGAUGCUUUUUGAAGACCGAAGCAAGACACAAAGUUUUUUUUGUAGUGGAAGGCGUAGCUCCAGCAUCAACAGUUUUAUUACGAUUGUUAAUAGUUUAGAUUUUUCUUUCUUUUCGUUCGAAACCAGUAAAAACCUCACGAAAUAAAUAUCUGUAAAGAACUGUGUAAAAA